AUGAAGAGCAAUAACGAUGAGGAUACUGUUCCAGUAUUCAACAUCACUAUAAAGACAUCAUACCUCAAGUUCCUGCCAAUCCCAACGUACUUUGCUGACGUGCAUAUCCCGAAAACGUAUAAGAUGGUCACCAUUCACCACUCCAAUGGGAACUGUUCAUGGGAGGUGGUUUGCUUGGUGAGGAAGACAAGGGCAACCUUCUCAAGUGGCUGGGCGAGAUUGGUUAGAGAGUAUCCUUUGUCAGUCGGUGACUUUUGUACCUUAAAGUUCAUCAAACCAACCGAGUUUCACCUUGCUGUCUCCAAGAAGGUCGAAGAGAUCAUGUCUGACUGA